AUGUCACAAAAUAAAUAUAUUGAGUUACACCGAAAGCGCUGUGGCUAUCGUUUGGAUUACCAUGAGAAAAAGAGAAAGAAAGAAGGUCGAGAGGCUCAUGAACGUUCAAAAAAAGCAAAAAAGAUGAUUGGUCUGAAAACUAAGCUCUACCAUAAACAGCGCCAUGCUGAGAAAAUACAAAUGAAAAAGACUAACAAGAUGCAUGAAAAGAGAAACACCAAACAAAAGAAUGAUGAGAAGACUCCACAGGGAGCAGUACCUGCAUAUCUACUGGACAGGGAGGGGCAGUCCUGAGCUAAAGUACUUUCCAACAUGAUUAAACAAAAGCGAAAAGAGAAAGCGGGAAAGUGGGAAGUUCCUUUACCCAAAGUUCGUGCUCAGGGAGAAACAGAAGUAUUAAAAGUCAUUCGAACAGGAAAGAGAAAAAAGAAAGCAUGGAAGAGGAUGGUCACUAAAGUCUGCUUUGUUGGAGACGGCUUUACUAGAAAACCACCUAAAUAUGAAAGAUUCAUUAGGCCAAUGGGCUUACGUUUCAAAAAGGCCCAUGUAACACAUCCUGCAUUGAAAGCCACCUUUUGCCUGCCAAUACUUGGUGUAAAAAAGAAUCCCUCAUCCCCACUAUAUACAACUUUGGGUGUUAUUACCAAAGGUACUAUCAUUGAAGUGAAUGUGAGUGAGUUGGGCCUUGUGACACAAGGAGGAAAAGUUAUUUGGGGAAAAUAUGCCCAGGUUACCAACAAUCCUGAAAAUGAUGGAUGCAUAAAUGCAGUCCUGCUGGUUUAACAGCAGUUUCAGACAAGUAAUCCCUUAUAAUUACUGAAGACUACACACCUGUCAGGAAGACCACCAUUGU